ACGCAAAGCAUUUGAAUGAAUCAAUCGAUAUGUGGUUACCAUUGAUUGCCAAACAUUAACUGACAAUCAAUUUGUUAUCAUAUGAUAUAUGCAUUGAUUUACCAUUGAUUUUGUCAUUAAUUCAAACUAAUUGUUAUGUUUAUUGAUUCAUGUGUUUAGUGUUUUUCGUGUAAAUACACAAUGUAUUUGUGUUUAACUAUAAACUCAUUAUAAUAGUUGUGAUCAUUUGAUUGACAUUUGAUUUGUUUAUUAUUAUUAUUAUUAUAAAAAACAUUUACCAUUAAUUGGUAUUACGAUAUUAUCAUCUAAUCGUUUACACCGAUAGAUAAUAUAUAGGAUAUGUCGACAGCAAUGGCCAGCAAUGGUAUACAAAUUAGUGAUAAUAAAAGCCAAAAGCCUUCAAGUAGUGCAUUCAAGCAGCAGAAGCUGCCGUCGUGGUCACCCAUACUGACCGUCGGCACAGUAUUGCCCACAUUUUUCCUCAUUGGCGUUGCAUUCAUUCCCAUCGGAAUCGGUCUUUUAGUUUCAUCAAAUCAGGUUCAGGAGUAUGCCUUGAAUUACACGGCAUGUGAACAGAUAGUCAACAAAAAGCCGACGGGAGAGAAAUGUUCGGAAGUUAUUGGAAAAGAUAUUUCAGCCAAUUGUGAAUGUCGUCUGGAUUUCAAACUCGAUGAAGAUUUUAGACGUGAUGUCUAUUUCUAUUACGGUUUAACAAAUUUUUAUCAAAACCAUAGACGUUAUGUCAAGUCUAGAGAUGACAGACAAUUGUUAGGAGAGAUUAAGGGUUCGACAGAAUGUGCACCGUUUGACCAGAAAGACGACAAAUGGUUUGCUCCGUGCGGUGCUAUUGCUAAUAGUUUAUUCAAUGACACAUUCAUAAUACUUCGUCGGGCAACGGGUAUUGAACGGUCGGUCCCACUAAUGUUUUCGGGCAUAGCCUGGGCUACAGAUAAAAAUGCAAAGUUUCGAAACCCAAAAACAUCGGCUAAAAACUUAUCGGAAGCUUUCAAAGACACACUUCCGCCGCCAAAUUGGCAAACGCCGGUCUGGAACUUGUCAUCAGAUGCUAACAAUAAUGGAUAUGAAAACGAGGCACUAAUUGUAUGGAUGAGAACCGCAGCGUUACCAACAUUCAGAAAAUUAUACGGAAGACUAUCGCACGACAAACAGGACAAUGAAUUCAAUUAUGUUAAUGGUUUACCAAAAGGCAAUUAUACUCUAGUCAUACGAUACAAAUAUCCUGUGGCAGCCUUUAAAGGAACCAAACGGUUCAUUAUAUCCAAUACCUCAUGGCUUGGAGGCAAGAAUCCAUUCAUUGGUGUCAUGUAUAUCAUUGUUGGCUGUGUUUGUCUAUUAUUGUCCGGAAUUUUUGUUUUUAUUCAUAAAAAAUUUGGUAAAAGUACGAGUGAAAUACUAAAUAUUACACAAAGGACACCAUAUAUUGGUUGA